AUGCGGCUGCGGAGGCCCUCGCCACUGCUGCUGCUCCUUUUGGCCACUUUCGCUUACGCCGACCUUGACUCUCCCCGCAGUGGCCGGUUACAGAAGCGCGACAGUGAGCGGCUCACCAAGGAGGAGAUACUUGCGCUUAACACAGUGCCUGGCGAGCCUAUAGGGCGGAGCAAGGGUCAACUGAACGUUGCUGUGCCCGCCGAGCCGGAGGCAGCUGUGGUAGAUAGCAUAGACACCACGGCCACCCAGCAAAGUUCGAAAGCAACAUCGUCUGGCAGACCGUACGUUGGCACGGAAGAUGCGCCGGUCGACGGUAUGGACGGCAAGCCGCAUGCCGGACCAUUCGUGGACACGACACCUGACGAGAGCACAAAGCAAAAAGGGGACGCUAAAGCAAAGACGUCAUCCGCAAAGCCUACGCCGACGUCCUUGGAGAAGUUCAAGAGCGGCGCUUCGAGCAAUGAAGGCUGGAAACUGGCGGACAUCCCGGAAAAGAUUGACAGCGUCAUGAACGAUGAGAAGCGGCCGGUGCCCAAAGAAGGCACGCGAGGCACCGAGGGUGGCAUCAGCGAGAAGACGAACCAGCAGAAGGCGCAAGGCGGCAAUGCUGAGAAGAAGCCGCAAGAGCCGAAAGAGGCGCCGCCACUCCCGCACAGCGAGCAAGAGAUAAAAGAUGUUAAAAAAGACUCCAAGGCUGACAGCAAGGAGGCCAAAGAUGCAGCCGCAGCGGACGCGGCGGCAAUGAAGGACACGGAGAACGCAGUCGUGGGUGCCGGACUCGGCAAACCCACCGAUCUCCCAGACAAACCGCACAAUAUCCCUCACCCGGACCCGAAGGGCGGCAGCAAGCCCAGCGCCAUGGACGGCAAGACGAACCCGAAGAAGGCUCCCACUUCCUCCGAUUCCAUUACCGGUGGAGGAGAUGGUGCCGAGAUGGAAUGGCACGAGUGGUUCCACUCCUUCGUCCUCUCCCUCACCAUGAUCCUCUUCUCCGAGAUCGGCGACAAGACCUUCCUCGUCGCUGCGCUGAUGGCGAUGCGGCAUCCGCGCCUCAUUGUCUUCUCCGCCGCGCUCUCCGCCCUGGUAGCGAUGACGAUUCUCUCCGCAGUCCUCGGCCAUGCGGUGCCCACGCUACUACCGAAACGCUUCACCACGUUCCUCGCAGCGGUACUAUUUCUCGUCUUUGGCGCCCGGAUGCUACGAGAAGGCCUCGCCAUGCCAGCCACUGCAGGCGUAGGCGAAGAAAUGAGAGAGGUCGAGGCCGAGCUGGAAGAGAAAGAACACUCCCUCGCUCGCCGGGCAUCGCGACACGGCUCCGUCUCACCCUACGCGCUCGAGUCGGGCAAACUGCCCUCACCUUCUCCGUCACCUUCACGUGAUACGAGUCCCUCCCGGACACCGCGCGAUCGUUUCGCAGGUCUUUCCAACCUUCUAGGCCUGAUACUAAGUCCCGCGUGGGUACAGACUUUCAUCAUGACCUUCCUAGGUGAGUGGGGUGAUCGGUCACAGAUCGCCACCAUUGCGAUGGCGGCAGGGCAGGAUUACUGGUGGGUCACGCUCGGCGCGAUCACAGGGCAUGCGAUUUGUACCGGUAUCGCGGUAUUAGGAGGCCGGGCAUUGGCGGGGAGGGUUAGUAUGAGAGUUGUGACUAUUGGCGGCGCCCUGGCCUUUUUGGCUUUUGGACUGAUAUAUAUCUACGAAUGCCUUGUCGAGAGGUAA